CCAGGACCUUCUCAAUGCUGACUCUCAUCGGUACAGCCCUUUUCCUACUGGUGCGUCCUGCCUUGCCCGAUGACACGGUGGCCGACGACAUUGGCAGCCACAUGAUGGGCCGCAUCUCGGAGCUCCUGUCCCCCGAGGAAUGCCAGGCCUUCUACGCCAAGCUCAUUGGGCCAGAGGAGGACGUGGACGAAGAGCUUCAACGGCUCUCGGCGGAGAGGAACCCCAUUCGCAGGCGGCGGGAAAUCACUACCAGCGAGGCCUGCAAAGCCACCCUCAACGGCUGGCUGGAGACGGAAGGGGACACCAUGUACUGGGACCGCUUGGCGAGGGCUCUCCAAGCCGUUGGCCGCCCAGACGUCUCCCUGGAGCUGGGCAAGAACCUCAACCAAGACAAGAGCCUGGAGAUCAAGAAGAAUGUGGAGGGAUAUCACAAGACGGUCGAGCGCUUGACCUCUUCGCUGCUCCUGGAAGAGAACGAGAUGGGUGGGAGCGAGGGGCCAGGAGGCCGGCUGCGGAGAGAGGGAUCACAGGCCCAGCUGGAAGAGGGAGAUUGGGACAAUCUGGAGCUGAUUAUAGAGAGGAGGCCCCUCCCGCCAUACAACAGGAGUCUCUUUCAGUGGGUCACUCCAUUGGUGACGGGGGUCGUCGGGGGGUUCCUCUCGUCCUUCGUGGUGGUGGCUCUAGCAGUCUAUUCUUUCUUCUGGAUCCUGAACCAGGAAAGUCCCACCCCCACGACACCCAACUGGGACUCUGUGCCCGAUAUGAUUUUCCGCUCCCCUUCGCCCAAGCGUGGGGCCAUCUACUACUCGUUUCAGCAGUUCGAUGGUCUGGGGAAGCGCGGCGGCGAGACAGAAGAUUACGGUGAUAACGGCAAUAACGAGGAAGACUGGGAGAAAGAGCCCAUUGUUAGGUCUUAA